AUCAGCACGCUCCACUAGGCCAAUCUUCCAGAGAGAGAGAGCUCAAACGGUCAGUGGGCGGUGGGAAGAUCUUGGGAAAGGAAAGCUAGGGAGCCGAUCGAAGGCAGCUAUGAACAUCUUCAGGAAGAAAACCUCGCCUAAAGAUGCACUCCGCACAAGCAAAAGAGAAAUGUCAGUUGCCACUAGAGGCAUUGAACGUGAGAUUGCUUCUUUACAAAUGGAGGAGAAGAAGUUGGUUGCAGAGAUCAAGAAAACAGCUAAAACUGGAAAUGAGGCUGCCACAAGAAUCUUAGCUCGUCAGCUUGUCCGACUGCGCCAACAAAUAACAAAUUUGCAGGGGAGUCGUGCCCAAAUAAGAGGUGUAGCAACUCAUACACAGGCCUUGUAUGCCAGCACUUCUAUUUCUACAGGAAUGAAAGGUGCAACUAAAGCAAUGGCUGCUAUGAACAAGCAAAUGGCCCCUGUAAAACAAGCUAAAGUGAUAAAGGACUUCCAGAAGCAGUCAGCACAGAUGGACAUGACGAUUGAGAUGAUGUCAGAAUCCAUAGAUGAAACUUUGGACAGAGAUGAGGCUGAAGAGGAAACAGAGGAGCUAACCAACCAGGUGCUUGAUGAGAUUGGUGUGGAUAUUGCGUCACAGUUAUCAUCAGCCCCAAAGGGCCGGAUUGCAUCAAAGAAGAUUGAGAAUGUUGUUCCUAGCUCGGAGAGUGCAGAUGUUGAAGAUCUUGAAAAGAGGCUGGCCUCUCUUCGACGAAUCUGAUCGGCCAUAUCACAAAAUCCCUCCCUCCCAUCCCCCCUUGUUCGUUCUUGUAUAAAUUUCACUUAUAUAAGUGCAAACCUUUCUGUGUGCAUGAAGUCUGGAAUUCGAAACUCUAUAUAUUAUCAAGAAAUGUAUCUUAUACUUACAAUUCACAGUUGCAAUCUACUCCAGUGCUUUAGAUAAAAUAAUUUCCCUUAUGGGACUGCUUAAUAUUUUCU